ACGAUUCCCCCAUCCCUCACACGGACAAGUGACCCUUGGUAUUAACUGCGGAGUAGCGUUAAGAGUAGCGUAGUUUAGUCACAGUUCGUGUUUCUUUUGCUCCUGGCUCCCGUGUACACGCCGAGCGUCGAAAGCAAACUCGAACAGCAUUAAAAAAACAUAGUAUCUCUCUCUCUCUCUCUCUCUCUCUCUCUAUUCCACUCUUUUUUGUCACUCUCUUUCACACUUUCUCUUUAAGUGGGGGGCUUCGGUAAUUCAUUGUUUUGUGACACAUUUUUUUAACCAACACCAACGCUUUCAAACGUCGGUGUCGUAAAAAGUACUGGACCGAUUGAUUUGAAAUUUUUAACACUUAAUCUGUACACUUUUUGCCAGGUAGCCCCGUCGAGAUUUUAUGAAAAUUAUUGAUACUUUUUUUUAAACAAAUCUUUAAAAAUCAUGUUUCUAGGCAGAAUCGCAAAAAGCAUCUCUUUUCAAACUUCAAAACUCUGCCAAAAACCGAAAAAUAGGAAAAUCAACGAAAACUCGACGGGGCUACCUAGAUAAACUUAUAAUCUUUCAAAUGAGUAUCGAUUUGUACUUGUCUGAUGACCCAUCACGCUGCUACGAUGGGCACCGGGAAGAAGUAUCUUUUCGAAGACAUGAUUGCCUAAAUGUGGUGCCAUGGAUGAAGUUUUUAUUAAAUCUUCUCCAAAAUAGCGUCAAAUAUUCUUCAAAAGUUGUAGUUCAAUAUGCAAUUCAUUUGAAGAAAUUUAAACGAAUGGUUACGUCACGAAAAAUCGUCAAAAAUGAUCCAUGAUUAAAAUGAAUGGUUACGUCGCAAAAAAAACCGUCAAAAAUGAUCCUUAUUUUUGGCCAGCAAUUUCCCAAGCCACCCCCCCACCCCCUUUUAAAUACAGCCACGUACACACUCACCUACUCUUUGUUAACUACCCGCUGUUAACUUAUCAGUAAAAACAAAAACCAAAAACAAAGAAAAAACCCUUGCAGGCUCUACCGUCCAAUGUUUGAAAACGGAAAGGACACCCCCCGCCCCCCGCCCUAUCACACCAGCCAGCUGGUUGAUGGGGAGGGGGAGUAGUGGGGGUGGAAAGCGGAAACCGAAAGGCGGACCGCCGGUUGGCGGUCCCGGAUUAACUCAGUAAGGCUCAGCGUGUUCGAGUGGCCAGCUGCCAGCUAGUUUAGUGUGUGUGCGAUUUCUGCGUUCGUUUCGCUAACUUCUUAAGGGGUUUUUAGGUAGACCGCUAGAGACGCGCCAAUGUGCGAACUACUAAUUAUACUACACCCAUAGACUAGUGCUGUAAGUGCUCCCCCCACCCCCCGGUCCUUCGUGUUGUCUGUUCUGCGACGCGAUUUCCCAAAUAGAUUCCCAAAUAAAAGUCGUACGCUCACUACUACUACCGGCUCCAGCUCCGCGGUGACGUCACAUUGGUGUGCAGUGCGUGCGGCACUAAAGCGAGCUACGCAGCUCUUCGAAUCACGGACGCGCUGGCGACUUGG